AUGGCCAAGCCUGGUGUCUCACGUGCAGGUGGAGGAGUGGUGCCAGGCAGCGUGGUGGCCGGCAUGAGGGGUGGUGGGCACAUGGAGAUGCUGGGGACAUGGGAGAUGCCAGGUGGUGGUAACAAGGGGAGUGCUGGGGAUGCCCCCAGGUGGUGGGGACACACAGAUGCUGGGGACUGCGUGGUAAGGACCAUGGGCUGCUCAGAGAAACCAUCCUGCAAACUUGUAUCUGAUGACUCUUUCUUCGCUCAAGUUAUGGCAUCAGAAAGCAAUGUUGACUUCCAAAAAAAGCUCAUAAGCAUGGAUGGCAAGAAUGAGACCUCUCAGCAAAUGCGCAGGAGUGAGGAGUCAAAUGUAGCAGCAAGCAAAUUGAAUGAUAUUCCAGAAGCGCUGCAAGAGGUCAAAAACCACUCCAGAGAUAGAGCAGAAGAAAAUACAAUGAGGACAAUAAAAAUGGCAGAGGAAAUGAAGGAAAAACAGAGUAACAAUGUAGGCAGAGCAAACCAUAAACGGAAAUCAGAAAACAAUGAAAAAACAGCUGUUAAAAAAGAAGAAACAACACUGGAGACUGGCAAUCAGUUAAUCCUGACGCCUCUGUCUCACAUUCCUCUGAAAAGCCUAAUGGACAUAGAAGCGGAGUUGGUCUACGCUGAUGAAGACGACAUCUACUUUGAGUUCACUGAGCCUCUGGUGUCUACAAGCACACAAUCAGCGUGUCGUGAUUCUGGAAAAGCAGAUGCUCUGAGCACACCUAACGGCAGCGCUUUGCGCCAGAUUGACAAACAGCUCCAGAUGACCCUCCGGGAAACCAGCGCUUGCUACAGGCAGAAAAACUACACAGCAGCGACGGAGCAGCUCUCAAAAGCACUGGAGCUUUGCAGUAAAGGUGCUGCUCUAGACAAUCCCUUUAAGUCAUCUCCAGAAGAUGUUUCCAGUAUUGCCAGUUUUAUUGAGACAAAGCUUGUAACCUGCUACUUAAAACUGAAGAAGCCUGAUGAUGCUCUGAAUCAUGCGCACAGGAGCAUUAUUCUGAAUCCAGCUUAUUUCCGGAACCACCUGCGCCAAGCUGCUGCGUUUAGGUGUUUAGAGAGAUACUCCGAAGCUGCAAG